AUGGCCUCACAGCCUCCGGCGGGCAUCGGACCACUGUGUUACGAGCAGGUCAGGGCAACCAACUGCACCACAAAGCAAAAGCUUCGUUACGCCGGCCAGCACCCCAACUGGUUGGGCCGUAACACACUGCCGGCCUCACCGGCCGGCCCCGAUCGGGGCUCUGGGCUACCUCCAGAGCCAACCACUCCAUCAAGGGCUAAACGCCGCCGCAAUACCGAGACUCAGCCACUCCGGCCCAGCCUCGCGGGAAACCAGCCUAACGCCUUCAAUCCGGCUCCCCCAUCGGCAAAGGGGCCUCCGAUCUCAACUUCAGCCACUGGCAGGACCGCCACUGGGUCUGUCUUGUCCGUUCUUGACGAGGAGGCCAGGCACUAUGAGGCCCGCAAGGAUGUCUUCUUAACUAUCGCGCAGUCUGUCGAUAAUGUCUUCUCCAGCUUUGAGGGCCCCAGGAAGCAGAUCGCGAAAGAGGAUACGGCAUAUGUGAUCCAAGCCCUAAAGAAGCUCAUUAACAAGGAACAUGCUCCGAUACUGACCCGGAGCUGGGCCGCCGUCACGGCCUCGGCACCAGCAGCUCCGGACCCCCACCGGGCUCCGACCCGCCCGCAGGCCAGACCACAGACAAAACCCCAGCCCCAACCCCAGUCGAAAGAAGACCUCCGGUUUGCCGGACCUUUGACCUCCAACUGGCAGAUAUCCCUCAUAUCUACCACAUUGCGACCGGAUACUCACUGA